AGUGGUGAAGACAACUAUAGUUUGUUAUUUUUUGUGGGAGGGUUGACUUAUUCUGUACUUUCUUCUGCAUGGCAUAUUGUGCAGUCUGGCUGGUAGUUCAUAGGAGUAUGGAGCUAUAGGGAAUGGGUUAGGGAUGAAAUAUUUUCCUACUCUUCCCAACAGGGGUAUAAAUGAAGUGACUAAGUACUUUGGAAUCUCUAGAGCAUUAUACCUGUCUUUGACACCCUAGGUAUUUUUGAUUCAAGGGCCAUUAUGAAAUUCCUUUUCUACUUCUCCCCAAUUUUCUUUUAAAGUAUAUAUUCAUUCAGCUUUCUGUCUAUAUAUCUAUGUUACCUAUCUAUCAUAUAUCUGUCUCUCUUAAUGGGGGAAGAAAGAAGAGAUCCCUUUAUAUAAGGCAGUACAUAAUAGAAUUCAUAGCUUCAAAGCACCAAUAUUAAGAACUUUAAGUUGGAUUGCAUAGGUGGGUCCCCACAUUUCACUCUCCUGCUUUUAACCUGGUAGUGGUAAGUGCUCAACUGAAGAAAUUUGUCUUAAAAGAAUUGUAUGGCAAGGAUAGUCAACCGUUACUAAGCAACUCAUGUUUAUGUUCUAGGUAGAAGAAUCAUAUUGGUUACACUUUCCAGUUGCUCUUGCUCUUUUUGCCUUUCACUUUGGUUUGAUAUGGUAUCAUGACCAGUUUUCUUAAAAUUGUUCAAUUAAUAAGAUUAAAUAUUGUGAUAAUAAAUAUCGGCUAGAACGUUGAUGUUAAUGGACGAUUGCCAGUCCCUCAAUUCCCAAAAUAAACCAUACUACUUUAGUAAUUAUAGUGGAGCAAAAGGUUAUAGGCAUUAUCUUUGAAAAAUCUUUUUGAGAUUUCUUUCCCAUAAUUAAAGGUGAUAGCUAGAGUAGUGUUUCAUAAGGUGGACCAUUUUAGUUUAAGGUUUAUUAUUCCUUUUAGUUCAUAUUGAUGCAGUUCUGCAGAUGGGAUCACAGGGGCUAGACAUUUAUGAUGCUGUUUCAGAAUCCUACGGUUAGAUUUGAAGUAAAAGUAGAUUUAGAUUUGGGGGAGGAUAGUUCAACAGCAUGGGUGAGAUAUUAGAAUUAUAGGUAGGAUUUGAGGCUUAAUGUGAAUUGACAGGUUGAAAUUAAGUAGCAAGGGUAUUUUCUGAUAUACUUAGUUUGUAAAUAAGUUCCUUUCUGUUCCCUUAGUAAUUUAAUUUUUAGCAGGAAUAUAAUUUUGAGUUCUAAAGCUCUUCACUGAAUUCUUCAGUAACUGUAUUAUGCAGCUAAAAUGAGGAAGACAGCUACUUUAGUCUAUAACACUUAGCUAAUCAUGGCAAAACAACGUUGAGACUUGGUUGAGAUAAUCAGGACAGUUUAGCUCCUUUUUGGUAACUGAAAUUUGCACUCUGUUUGUUGGAUAACUACAGAAAGUAUGUGCCUUUAUGCCUAUUCAAAAUAGAAAAGAUGAAGAAAAAGGUUAGAAGAAAACAAUAUCCGAGGAAAGAGUGUUUCAAUUUCAUUUAAUCUUCAGAAUUUUUACCAAUUUAUUACUUUAAGUACAUGCAAUAUGUUAAUGUCAGGCAAGAGAUUGAGUCCUCUCUUUGGUAGUACUUUAGCCAAAGUAAUCAUGACUUUAUUUAUAAAUUUUUGUUACUAGAAUCAAGUAAGGAAUUAAAGGUUUUAUUAUAAAUAGGUCUAAUUUAGUUUGAACCUGAUGAUUAUAUUAUUUUAAAAGAAUACUGUCUGGAUGUAGCAGUCUAAGUCAGUGCUUCUCAGAUCCUGAUAGGCAUAUAAAUCAACUGGGAAUCUGAUUAAUUCGUAGGUCUGGGGCAGGGCCUGAUAUUGUGCAUUUCCAGUGAGCUUCCAAGAGAUACCAUGAUGCUGGCUCUUGAGUUGCGAGAGUUUGAGGUACCAAAAGUGUCCUUGUAUAAAACAGGAGCGCUUUAAAUAUGGUUCAGUAGCACAGGAUUUGAGAACUGUAACUAAAACGGACUUUAUUGUGGUUGAUGAAUGGAAUAAAAAUGCUUUUUAGGGAUCAGAAGAAACAAAAAGGUUUCAUCUUUCAUAUUAAUCAGUGUUUGGAUCACUGGAAUAGUGAAGAAAUAGGCCCUCAUUAUAGGUGGUGUUUUAUAAUUAUAUAUGUUAUGUAUGCGUGUAUAAUACUAUGUAUUAAUAAUAAUAUAUAUGUUCUUUACAAGUAACUGCAUAAUAAUAAUAAUAGGUUUAUUUUAUUAAUAAUGACAAGGCAGAGAUUUUGCUUUCAUUUAGAUUGGUAUGGAAAGAAAAGAAGGGCUAGGGGUGCCUGUUACUGGAAUCCUUGAGGUUUAUAUGCCCUUAAUUGGCAUCACAUUUUAAAAAGUAAAGAUUUUUUGUGUGUUUAUAAAAUAUCACUAUUGCCAGUUUUAUUUUCAAAACAUAAAUUGUGACUAUAAUUUUUUGAAUAACAAAUUAUGAAUAUAAUUAAAUUAGCAUUAAAUAUAUUGGCAUUAGAUUUUGUAAGUAAAGUUUAAAAUUAUGUUUCUUUUAUGUAUUUACAUAGGUAAUUAAUAUUUAAAAAUCAGUAACCUUCAGAUUUGAGAGUUCCAGAUUUGGGUAUACAAAGCAAACUGAUUUUAAUAUUCUUUAGUUUGUGCUUUUUUGAAAUAUCAUUUGAAAUUUAACUUAAAUUGUUUGUAAUUAAAAGUGGGUAUUUGUGGGACAUUCAGUAUUUAUUGCCUGUGAUUUAAAAUAGACUGUAAUCUUCAUGACAAGAUUUAAGCAGAAGAGAAUUACAUGUCACGUCCCUCUAGUGAAUCCCAAAAUAGUAAAAGUUAACUAUGUGAAAUGUAUUUCUAAGUUCUGAUUGGUGUCUUGUAUUUGUUGUUCAUGAGGUGGCUGUGGAAUUCUCUAAACAAAUUAUCAUACUGUGAUUUCAGGGAUGGUUUUGUGAUCUUGUAAGAUUUUCAAAAAUUGUUAAUUAAAAAUUGAAAAGUAUGCCUUAUUCUGAAACAAAACUAAACUCAAUCAACUUAUAUAUUUUUUAGGAAACUUAAAUUCAGUUGUUAGCAGGCAGAAACAGGAAGACAGUUCCCUUUAAUGUUUCUUUUUUUUGUUUGUGGCAGCAUGUUGCUAUGGCUUCUGUAGUUCUUCAUAACCUCUCUACUGUUAGACACUUCUAGUUGAGGCAAAGGAGAGAUUAUAUUUGGUUUGCAGGGGAAGGGGUAGAAUGGCAUUUGGAGGGUUUAUAUGAGAAGGAGACUGUGGGAAGGCAUGGCAAAGGGAGGUGGCAGGGUACUAUGAAACUACCUACUACCGCCAUUGUUGGCCUUUUUCUCUAUCUGUCCUACACCCCAUUUGGAAGUUAAGCAGUGGAGUGGCAAAUUAUCUUGUGAAAGCUAAACAGAAGAAGAGAAGAAUGGAUACUUGAAAUGGUUUCCCAAUGAGUGGAUCAUGAUGACCGUAUUGUAGGGACUUGCCAUAGUAUGGCUGCUUCCCGAUCUACUCGUGUUACAAGAUCAACAGUGGGGUUAAACGGCUUGGAUGAAUCUUUUUGUGGUAGAACUUUAAGGAAUCGUAGCAUUGCUCACCCUGAAGAAAUAUCUUCUCAUUCUCAAGUACGAUCAAGAUCACCAAAGAAGAGACCAGAGCCUGUGCAGAUUCAGAAAGGAAAUAAUAAUGGAAGAACUACUGAUUUAAAACAGCAAAGUACUCGAGAAUCAUGGGUAAGCCCUAGGAAAAGAGGACUUUCUUCUUCAGAAAAAGAUAACGUAGAAAGGCAGGCUGUAGAAAAUUGUGAGAGAAGGCAAACAGAACCUGUUUCACCAGUUUUAAAAAGAAUUAAGCGUUGUCUUAGAUCUGAAGCACCAAACAGUUCAGAAGAAGAUUCACCUAUAAAAUCAGACAAGGAGUCAGUAGAACAGAGGAAUACAGUAGUGGACAAUGAUGCAGAUUUUCAAGGGACUAAACGAGCUUGUCGAUGUCUUAUACUGGAUGAUUGUGAGAAAAGGGAAGUUAAAAAGGUGAAUGUCAGUGAGGAAGGGCCACUUAAUUCUACAGUAGUUGAAGAAAUCACAGGCUAUUUGGCUGUCAAUGGUGUUGAUGACAGUGAUUCAGCUGUUAUAAACUGUGAUGACUGUCAGCCUGAUGGGAACACUAAACAAAAUAGCACUGGUUCAUAUGUGUUGCAGGAAAAGUCAGUAGCUGAAAAUGGGGAUUCGGAUACCCACACUUCAAUGUUCCUUGAUAGUAGGAAGGAGGACAGUUAUAUAGACCAUAACGUGCCUUGCACAAAUUCAGAAGUGCAGGUCAAGUUGGAGGACCACAAAAUAGUAACUGCCUGCCUGCCUAUGGAACAUGUUAAUCAGCUGACUACUGAGCCAGCUACAGUCCCCUUUUCUGAAAUUCAGUCAUCCUUAAGGGAUUCUGAGGAGGAAGUAGAUGUGGUGGGAGAUAGCAGUGCCUCAAAAGAGCAGUGUAAUGAAAACACCAAUAACGCCCUGGACACAAGUCUUGAGAGUAUGCCAGUCUCUGGAGACCCAGAAUCAUCUUCUGUUCUAGACUGUGUUUCAGCUCAAAUGAUGUCUUUAUCAGAGCCUCAAGAACAUCGAUAUACUCUGAGAACUUCACCACGAAGGGCGGCCCCUACCAGAGGUAGUCCCACUAAAAACAGUUCUCCUUGCAGAGAAAAUGGACAAUUUGAGGAGAAUAAUCUUAGUCCCAAUGAAACAAAUGCAACUGUUAGUGAUAACAUAAGUGAAUCUCCCACAAAUCCUGAUGAAAUUUCUCAGAAUGAAAAAGGAGUAUUUUGUGACUCUGAAAAUUAUGGGAGUGAAGGACUAAGUAAGCCACCCUCAGAGGCAAGACUUAAUAUUGGACAUUUGCCAUCUGCCAAAGAGAGUGCCAAUCUGCACAAUACAGAAGAAGAAGAUGAUGAUCCUGAUGUUUAUUACUUUGAAUCAGAUCAUGUGGCACUGAAACACAACAAAGAUUAUCAGAGACUGUUACAGACGAUUGCUGUACUUGAAGCUCAGCGUUCUCAAGCAGUCCAGGACCUUGAAAGUUUAGGCAAACACCAGAAAGAAGCACUAAAAAAUCCCAUUGGAUUUGUGGAGAAACUCCAGAAGAAGGCUGAUAUAGGGCUUCCGUAUCCACAGAGAGUUGUUCAAUUGCCCGAGAUUGUAUGGGACCAAUAUACCAAUAGCCUUGGGAACUUUGAAAGAGAAUUUAAAAAUCGUAAAAGACAUACUAGGAGAGUUAAGCUAGUUUUCGAUAAAGUAGGUUUACCUGCUAGACCAAAAAGUCCUUUAGAUCCUAAGAAGGAUGGAGAGUCCAUUUCAUAUUCUAUGUUGCCUUUGAGUGAUGGUCCUGAAGGCUCAAACAGUCGUCCUCAGAUGAUAAGAGGACGCCUUUGUGAUGAUACGAAACCUGAAACAUUUAACCAACUGUGGACUGUUGAAGAACAGAAAAAGCUUGAACAACUACUCCUGAAAUACCCUCCUGAAGAAGUAGAAUCUCGACGUUGGCAGAAGAUAGCAGAUGAGCUGGGCAAUCGGACAGCCAAACAGGUUGCCAGCCGAGUGCAGAAAUAUUUCAUAAAACUAACUAAAGCUGGCAUUCCAGUUCCAGGCAGAACACCAAACUUAUAUAUAUACUCCAAAAAGUCUUCGACAAGCAGACGACAGCACCCCCUUAAUAAGCAUCUGUUUAAACCUUCCACUUUCAUGACUUCCCACGAACCACCAGUAUAUAUGGAUGAAGAUGAUGACCGAUCCUGUUUUCAUAGCCACAUGAACACUGCUAUUGAAGAGGCAUCAGAUGAAGAAAGUAUUCCUAUCAUGUAUAGGAAUUUACCUGAAUAUAAGGAGCUAUUACAGUUUAAAAAGUUAAAGAAGCAGAAACUCCAGCAAAUGCAAGCUGAAAGUGGAUUUGUACAACAUGUGGGCUUCAAGUGUGAUAACUGUGGCAUAGAACCUAUCCAGGGUGUUCGGUGGCACUGCCAGGAUUGUCCUCCAGAAAUGUCUUUGGAUUUCUGUGAUUCUUGUUCAGACUGCCUACAUGAAACAGAUAUUCACAAGGAAGAUCACCAAUUAGAACCUGUUUAUAGGUCAGAGACAUUCUUAGACAGAGACUACUGUGUGUCGCAGGGCACCAGUUAUAAUUACCUUGACCCAAACUACUUUCCAGCAAACAGAUGA